GUGGAGUCGGCUUCUUCUGAGAGCUGUAGGAUUAUGUAUCCAAAUGCUGAAUUUAUAUUUCCCACUAGGAAAAGACUGAAACUCAGAUGCUUCAGAAGCUUGCUGUGUGCUUACCACGGGUUCUGCCAACCAUCUCGAGAGGGGACUCACCAAUUCUUUCAUUAAUUGAGCAAAACAUUAUCUUGAAAUAAUUAUUCCUCUCCACAUGGCCUUCCUACUUGUGUCAGCUUAUCUUCUGCUGACUCAUGCUCGGGGUGCUCCUGUCGAGAAUGGGGCACUGUUGGAAACACUGAAGUCACAAGUGGGAUUAUUCAGCAAUAAAAGUGAGCACUAUUCAGCACAGGUGAGACCUCCUGGCACCAGCCGACAAAUACCUCAGACAAUCAUCAUAGGAGUUCGUAAAGGAGGGACCAGAGCUUUGCUGGAAAUGUUGGAUAUUCAUCCUAAUAUUGUGGUGGCAGCUACAGAAGUCCACUUCUUUGACUGGGAUGAAAAUUAUGUGAAAGGAAUAGACUGGUAUAGAAAUCUGAUGCCAUUUUCUUAUGGAAAUCAAAUUACAAUUGAGAAAACACCAGGCUAUUUUACAUCACCACAGGCUCCAGGAAGAAUUCAUGACAUGAAUAGCUCCAUUAAACUGCUGCUCAUUCUAAGAGAUCCCACUGAGAGAGUUAUAUCUGACUAUACCCAAGUGUAUUACAACAGAGUAGAAAGUCACAAGCCUGUUCAGCUCUUUGAAGAUAUUGUUAUUAAGAAUGGAGUGCUUAAUACCAAAUACAAAGCUAUUCAGAGAAGUCUAUAUGAUGUCCAUAUGGAAAAGUGGCUUAAGCAUUUCAGUUUGGAUCAGAUUCACAUAGUGGAUGGCAAUACUUUGAUCAAGGACCCUCUUCCUGAGUUACAAAAAGUUGAAAGAUUUCUAAAUCUUCCAUCCCGAAUUAUGUCUUCUAAUUUUUAUUUUAACCAAACCAAGGGAUUCUACUGCAUCAGAAGUGAUGGGAGGGAGAGAUGUUUACAUGAAUCCAAAGGGCGUCCCCAUCCUCUUGUUAACAGCACUGUUUUAGAGCAACUGUAUUCCUACUUCAGAGAGCACAAUGCAAAAUUUUACAGGAUGGUUAAUCAUUCCUUUGACUGGCAUUAACACAUUUGGGGUCAAUGUUUCUUAAAAAGAGCCUGAGACAAACUUUCAGACAUAGCUUUCUAAACUGUAAAGACUUGUAUUAUGAGAAUUAACACGCUGGUUAUAUGGUUCAUUGGAACAACACAUCUGUUGA